CGUGCUCGGCCGCUUCCGGUGGGGCCUGCGCUCUGGGCGGCGGCUCGCGCGCUCAUCUCGCCCGGCGGCCUCAUGCAGGCUGAGCGCGGGGCUCGGGGCGGCCGCGGGCGGCGGGGCGGUCGGGACCGGCCCGGAGGGGACCGAGAGCGGGCCGGAGCCGCGGCGGCGCUGGCGAGAGGAGGCGGCGGGGACGGAGGCGGCCGGCGGGGUCGAGGCCGGGGCUUCCGCGGAGGCCGAGGAGGCGGCGCCCCGCGAGGCGGCCGCCGGGAGCCUGGAGGCCGAGGCGGCGGAGCUAGCACACGGGUGGAAGAUGACAGUGAUUCAGAGACCCAUGGAGAAGAGAAUGAUGAGCAAGGACAUUUUUCUAGAAGAAAGAUUGUCUCUAACUGGGAUCGAUAUCAAGAUACUGAAAAAGAAGCCAAUGAUGAAAGUGGAGAAUCACAGCGGGGGACGGACUUCAGUGUCCUCCUGAGCUCUGCAGGGGACUCCUUCUCACAGUUCCGAUUUGCUGAGGAGAAAGAAUGGGAUGGUGAAACUUCAUGUCCAAAGCAGAAUUCAGCACUCUAUGUGGAUAGUGAGUCACUGGUUUGGCCCCUUCAACAGCUGCCACUGUCUGUCCGGCUUAAUGUUGCUGCGGAGCUGAUCCAGACCACAGUCCCUUUGGAACUUCCACAGGUGAAACCAAGGAGAAAUGACGGCAAGGAGCUGGGCAUGCAGUUAAGGGGGCCCAUCUCCGAGCUCAGAUCUGCUGUGGGUAGUUGUCCUAGGUCUCUGGGCAAAGACAGUUUAAGACCAAGCCCGCUAGAGGGUUUGCAAAAAGCCCCACUCCCACCACAGUCAGUGGCAGACCAUCUGGAAGAUGAACUGGACGUGCUGCUGCAUUUAGAUGCACCUGUGAAAGAGGAAGACAGAAUCUGUCCUGACCAGACGUCUCAGGACCAGGAACCAGAAAGAGAGGGGCAGGUGGCCCAGGAGGAAACAGUUCCUGAAAAACCAUCUGUGACUGGAGAGAAAAAUGUGGAACCUGAACAGACGAGCACAUCCAAAAAUGUUACUGAGGAAGAGCUGGAAGACUGGCUGGACAGCAUGAUUUCCUGAGGAGGAGGGAUGGGGGAAAUGUGCCUGAAGCAAACUAAGUAAGGGUGGGCUAGUUUACCAGAAUACCCCAUGCUAACAUGUACUGUUACUGCAGCCAAUGCCUACCUCUGCUUUUGAUGCCAUCUGAAUACAUGUAUGAGGCUUGCUUGGGGCUUUGUUUCUCUUGUUAUCGGCUUAGUCACCUAAUAGAUUUAAGGACCGGGGGUAUCGCAGCUAUGUUUUCAGUCUCCUUCCUGCCAAUACUACAGAAUAAUAGGUGCUAGCUAAGGGACUAUACACAAGCAACGAGGCAUGCAGCUGGUCAAAAUAAACACCCUCUGCUCUAUGGACAUUUCCUUGUGGUAUGAAGCCCGUGGGCUGCUUGUCUCUGGCCCCUGACUCCAGCAGUCAGGUUGCUGUGGAAUGACUGAAAUGGUCCGUGACGAGAAGCCAAAUUAUGAACUGGCAUGUGUUACUUUAUUGCAGUGGGCACUUGACUUUAUUGGAGGAGAUUGACCUAAAACAUGGCAGCUCCGCUACUUACACGGGGCCAUAAAGCAUCACUCAAGUUUGGCAUAAGGUUGAGAUUUUUCUGAAAUUUCAGUACAGUGCCUUUCUUCAACUAACAGCCAUUGAGAAGCUGUUAGUGAAGAAAUGAUAUGAAUUACCUUCAGGUGCAGUUUCAUAAAGUAAGACAGAAUACCAGCACAGCUGUUUAAUGGAGUUGGCCUUCCAGAACACAAACAUAAAAAACUUGCAUAGCUAUAUCUAAAGAGAUUUUUAAGGCACUUAAUCGAUAUUUCAGUUUCGACAAAGUGUUUGUUUUCUAUUUCUUUAGCUGCUUAAAGCUUUUCAAGCUGAUUCUGGAUAGAGUCACUAGCAAGUACCAUGGAAAAAUUAGGUUGCAGUUAACAUGAGUUGAACAUAAUUUUGUGUAGGUCUCCCCAUCGGUCCCUGGCCGGCGUCCUCUUGCAUGACAUGUAGGUGUUCAAGACUUCAUGUUUCUCUGAACUAUUCCAAUAAACUAGUUGAACUCUUA